GCUGCUGCCGCUCUGCCAGCGGACUGUCAUGGCGGCGCCCUGUGUGAGGUUAGAGCGACUGAUGAAGAUGAGCUGAGAGAAGAAGCUGAAGUCGAGGACUCAGGUGAACUCAGGUAUGAGUGUGAUGUCAUCAGUGAUGCGUGCAGCGCGGCGAGUCGUCCACGCCGACCCGGCUCUGCUCCGCAGCUUCCUGUCUCCGCCCCUCGGCGGCCCUGUCCAGAGCCCCGCCCCCUUGUUCGCCGGUCCGCAGAACAGGAAGUAUGCCUCCAAACAGGUCAAAGGUCAAAAGAAAGAGCCGAAGAUCCCGAAGGUCAAACCCAAAGUGGACAAACAGGAAGUGGAGAUCAGUCAGAGGAUGACGGUGGCGGCUCUCGCUGAGGCCAUGAGCAGAGACUGUGAUCACGUGUUCGAGGCCCUGCUCAACACCUCGGUGGACCUGGACUCUCUGGAUCCGGACUCGGUUCUGGACGAGAACUGGAUCAAAGAGGUGGUGACUCGAUCGGGGAUGAAGUUUAAAUGGGCCAAUCUGAGCGAGAGCAGGAAGAGAACCAACCGGGACGCCCACCGCAGCCCUCCAGCAGACCUGUCCAGCCUGGUGGUACGCCCCCCGGUGGUCACCAUCAUGGGUCACGUGGACCACGGUAAGACCACCCUGCUGGACAGUCUGAGGAAGAGUCAGGUGGCGGCGAUGGAGGCCGGAGGAAUCACCCAGCACAUCGGAGCCUUUCUGGUUCAGCUGCCGACCGGCGAGAAGAUCACCUUCCUGGACACUCCGGGGCACGCAGCCUUCUCCUCCAUGAGGGCCCGGGGAGCCAGGGCCACCGACAUCGUCAUCCUGGUGGUGGCGGCCGAUGAUGGCGUCAUGAACCAGACGGUGGAGUCCAUCCAGCACGCCAGGAGGGCGGGGGUUCCCAUCAUCGUGGCGGUGAAUAAAUGUGACAAAGCUCAGUCGGACCCCGAUCGGGUGAAGCGGGAGCUGCUGGCUCACGAUGUCGUGUGUGAGGAGUUCGGAGGAGACGUGCAGACGAUCCACAUCUCCGCCCUGAAGGGGGACAACCUGCUCGCUCUGACCGAGGCCACGGUGGCGCUGGCCGAGGUUCUGGAGCUGAAGGCGGAUCCGAGCGGCCUCGUCGAGGGGUUCGUCAUCGAGAGUCGCACCGACAAAGGCAAAGGUCCUGUAACGACCACCAUCGUCCAGCGGGGGACGCUGAGGCGGGGGUGUGUCCUGGUGGCGGGAAAGAGUUGGGCUAAGGUCCGCCUCCUGUUUGACGAGAACGGGCGGGCGCUGACGGAGGCGGGGCCGAGCUGUGCGGUGGAGGUGGUGGGGUGGAAGGAGCUGCCCUCUGCUGGUGACGUCAUCCUGGAGGUGGAGUCUGAGCAGCGAGCGAGGGAGGUGGUGGAGUGGAGGAGCAGUGAGGCGGAGGGGCUGAAGCUGCAGGAGGAGCAGAGCGCCAUCGAGCUCAAACAGGAAGUCCACCUGCAGGAGUACAGGAGGGAGAGGGCGGAGCUAUCUCACCUGAGCUGGAGGAAGAGGAAGGUGGCGCUGUACCGAGCCAACAAGACCAAGUUCUCUGUGCGUCCGAGUGAGAGGAGUCCGGACGAGCAGCUGAGGCUGCCGCUCAUCAUCAAAGGUGAUGUGGACGGGUCAGUGGAGGCCAUCUUGAACAUCCUGGACAGUUACGACGCUCAGCAGCAGUGUGAGCUGGAGGUCGUCCACUUCGGCAUCGGGGACGUUUCAGAGAACGACGUCAACAUGGCGGAGACGUUCGCAGGGUCAAUCUACGGCUUCAACGUCGGGGCCAGCAGGUCGGUCCAGCAGGUGGCGCUGAAGAGAGGCGUCCCGCUCAAUAUUCACACGGUCAUCUACAAACUGGUGGAUCAGCUGAAGGAGGAUCUGAGCAACAAGCUGCCGCCGCUCGAGUCCGAGAGCGUGAUCGGUGAGGCGUCGGUCCUCGCCAUGUUCGAGGUCUCCGUGGGGAAGAAGAAGGUUCUUGUGGCGGGAUGUCGGGUUCAGAAAGGUCAGCUGGACCGGCGCCACACCUUCAGACUGAUCCGAGGUCGAGACACCGUGUGGGAGGGCUCUCUCCUGGCGUUGCGGCACCACAAGGACGACGUGCAGACGGUGAAGACGGGGAUGGAGUGUGGCGUCUCGGCGGGGGACUCAGUGGAGUUCAAACCCGGUGACCUCAUCGUGUGUUUUGAGAACGUGGCCUGUCCGCAGGUCACUUCCUGGAACCCGGGCUUCUGACGCGAGGACGAGUUCAUCCUCCAAUCACUGACAGAUAUGAUGGAUAUUGAUCUCAAGAUAAAUGUGACCUCGGUUUGUGUGAUGCAACAUGACAUCAUGAGAAACAGCCAAUCAGAGACGAGGUGAGAAA